GUACCUCUGGUACAUGAAGACAGUGGCCUCUGGUACAUGAAGACAGUACUUCUGGUACAUGAAGACAGUGGCCUUUGGUACAUGAAGCCAUUGGUCUCUGGUACAUGAAGACAGUGGCCUCUGGUACAUGAAGACAGUGGCCUCUGGUACAUGAAGACAGUGACCUCUGGUACAUGAAGUCAUUGGCCUCUGGUACAUGAAGACAGUACCUCUGGUACAUGAAGACAGUGGCCUUUAGUACAUGAAGCCAUUGGUCUCUGGUACAUGAAGACAGUACCUCCGGUACAUGAAGACAGUGGCCUCUGGUACAUGAAGUCAUUGGCCUCUGGUACAUGAAGCCAUUGGUCUCUGGUACAUGAAGACAGUGACCUCUGGUACAUAAAGACAGUACCUCUGGUACAUGAAGACAGUGGCCUUUGGUACAUGAAGCCAUUGGUCUCUGGUACAUGAAGACAGUGGCCUCUGGUACAUGAAGCCAUUGGUCUCUGGUACAUGAAGACAGUACCUCUGGUACAUGAAGUCAUUGGCCUCUGGUACAUGAGGUCAGUGCCUUUAACUGCCUCAAUAAACAGCUGCUGAACUUUGUCCUCCAGCGGCUGCUGAACGUUUCUCUUCACAUUUCUCUGUGAACUCCAUUCGACUGACUGAUGGCGGAGAGGAAAGCAGCAGCGGAGGCGUCAGCAGACCCGGACUUCCUGCAGGCCAACGAUCUGGCCUGUGAGGCGGUCGGUGGGAAGGUUAUUUUUGCUACAGACGAAUGGUUCGCUCCUGCUGCCAACCUGCUGAAGAGAGAAACGCCGACCUUCAGCCCCUCGGCCUUCCACGAGUUUGGCAAGUUGAUGGACGGAUGGGAGACGAGGAGGAGGAGGACGGCGGGUCAUGACUGGUGCAUUGUCGAGCUGGGAGUACCAGGGCAGAUCCAGGGCCUUGAUGUGGACACGUCCUUCUUCACAGGAAACCACUCACCCGGCGUCUCUGUGCAGGCCAGCUGUCUGGACAAACCUCCCUCCUUCAGCCUGGAGGGAGACCGGACUGGCAUGGCCGCCUCCGACGCUCAGCUGGCUGCUGUCGCCGAGCUGCGCUCGGAGGCGUGGCCUGAGCUGGUAUGUGUGUCGGAGCUGAAGCCUGGAUACUCAGACUCCUGCCAUAACUACUUCAAGGUCAACUUCAAGCACAGAGUCACACACCUGCGCCUGAACAUGCACCCAGAUGGAGGGAUAGCCAGAUUGCGGGCGUACGGUGUUGGGCAGAGAGACUGGUCCUCUGUCUCCACCCAGCAGGAGGUUGACCUGGUGGCCAUGACCAAUGGAGGGGUUUGCCUUGGUUACAGCGACGCCCACUUUGGUCAUCCACGCAACAUGAUUGGUCUUGGCCGCGCUGCCAACAUGGCCGACGGCUGGGAGACGGCCCGCAGACUUGAUCGCCCCAAAUACCUGAAGGUGGACCAGAGAGGGAUCCUGCAGGUCCCCGGAUGGGAGUGGACCGUGUUCCGCCUCGGCACACCGGGACUCAUCAGGAGGGUCGAGAUUGACACCAACCACUUCAGAGGUAACUUCCCGGACUCCUGCAGGAUUGAUGUUUGUUCUUUGACCCCUGAGGAGGAAGCUCAGUGCGUCGGCACCAAGUGGAGCUCAGUGGCAUGGGGGGUCCUUCUACCCCCUCAAAAGCUCCGUCCUCACCACAGACAUCUGUAUGGAGAGGCCCAGCUCGCCCCCACCCACCCCGUCACCCACGUCCGUCUCACCAUCAGCCCUGACGGAGGGGUCAGCCGGCUCCGGCUCUGGGGUCGACCCACGGCCCCCACCGCUGCUCCGCUAGCCAAUCAGGAGCGGCCGGCCUCCAAGCUGUGACGCCGCCAACACACAGCGAGGAUUUAACAAAUAAAACACAAAAGUACA